AGUUUAUAAUUGAUACCGCCCCAAAAAAGAUACGUUUUGACAGGGGUCUAGUCUAGAAAAAAGAGAAUUAGUGCUAGCAAGCCUUCUUUCUACAAAACAAGGUGUGGAUUUUGUGUAAUUGUCUUAUUUCGGUGAGGUAAAUAUCAAUUGUCUCCUGGUUCAACUAAAGUUGUUUUCAACAGGAAAUAUCUCUUUAGCCAGAGAAUAAUGUGACGGAUAUGCAACCAUUUUGAUAUUGAUAACUAGCGGGCUAGAUUGUAAAUUGCUGCUCUCAAUUCAUAGAUCAGGACUCGCAGGUUGUAUACCCAGGUUCUCACAUUGUAAACCCAGGUUUUCAUGCUAGAGCCCCGGGAUUUCAGCCCAAAGACCCUUGACUUUGCCGUUGCCGACCCGGGUUUUCAAUUCAAACCCGUACAUCCAGGACUUUUUGGGCAAAUACAGCCUUCAAGUCUUACUGACUUGACUGUAUCCCGGAGCGGAGCUGAUUUGCGGCUGAAACGUUCCUGAUACCCGCUUGUCUCUUCAUCGCCGCCGGCUGCGACAACAGGAACUCUCAUAUCAAAGUCGCGAGGCUUGCUUUAAAGUCAGUCGCCGCUGCAGAAGACGGGAGAUCAAGAGAGCGCCGCGGGGAGCCGGAGGCGUCCUUCUGUCGACUCCGAUAACGCAGCAGUCGCUACACGGGCGCUGCGGCGGACAGACAGGCACAAAACGCUCGCCCCGUGAGGCCGCGCGGGCCGCCCGUGGUGCCGGUAAAGAUCCCCGUUCAUUCACGUGAAAUGGGCGCCCCUGGAGGCACCUUACCCCGCACGUGAGACGCGGACACGUCCAUUUCACACGGAGGGAGGGAAAGCUCUAUCCCCUCUCUUCUCUAUAUAAUAUACUACAGAGGAAGUUGAUUACUCUUAUCUAUCUAGCAUCGGUCCGUGUAGAUAUCGGCCCCAAAGGAAAGGAGACUGACGGCUGAAUUGUUGGAAGAAAUAUCACGACAACGGACUGCCGGAAAUCCCGGGGCCGUCUGCACGUGCCAGUCUACGGGCUUCAUCGUGUGUUCGCAGCGCCUUCAGGCUGGAGAGUCGUUUGCGGAAACACUUGUAACGCGUGACGUGCUUCACUCCCUGUAAGCUGCUCCUGACUGUAGUAGCUGGGAUACAGGCUAGUCGUACGUUUCUCUGCAAACCUAGUCUGAUUGUCGCAGUGUUCACCUAUCUCCCGACCCGACUCCAGGGCUACUCACCACUGCGAAGUUUCGCUCGGUCAGGGCUACUCACCACUGCGAAGUUUCGCCCGUCCGUGCAAACCGUUCAGUCCGCGAGUCAUCUCAUCAUCCCGGCAUCUGUGCCAGGUAGGAGUUCACCUGUGCGUCUGACCAAUCACUUCACGACGUUCAUCAGCGCACGGAGGAAUCCGCGUCUGUCUCCCGCACCACGCUUCUGAGUGCCACACAUUCUGCGAGAGCCAAGUAAAAGCGCCCCCCUCCCCACCGCCACCCGCGUGCCGCCCCCCUGCCCCGGCCAUGUCCUCGCAUCUGGUAGACGAGUGCGCCGCGCCGCCCAAGAACUGUUUCCGCCUGGUGGUGCUGGGAACGGCGCGCGUCGGCAAGACCGCCAUCGUCUCCCGCUUUCUCUUCAACCAGUACGACGAUCAGUACACGCCGACCAUCGAGGACUUCCACCGCAAGAUGUACCGGAUCCGGGGCGAGGUCUACCGCCUGGACAUCCUGGACACGUCCGGCGUCCAUCCUUUCCCGGCCAUGCGCCGCCUCAGCUUCCUCACAGGGGACCUGUUCAUCCUGGUGUACUCCGUGGAUAACUACGAGUCGUACAUGGAAGUGAUGCGGCUGCGGGAACAGAUCCUGGAGUCCAAGGCAUCCUGCAAGACCCGCACCGCCGCGCCGCCCAUGAUCAUCGCCGGCAACAAGGCGGACCGACCCGAGUCCGAGCGGGAGGUGCUUUACGACGAAGUCGCAAAAUGGGUGUCCACCGUCAAGAAGUGUGCUUUCCUGGAGACGUCCGCUAAAAAGAACGGCAACAUUAAUGAGCUGUUCCAGACACUGUUUGAACUGGCCAAACUCCCCCCGGAGAUGUCGCCGUCGCUGCACCGGCGUGUCUCCAUUGGCGACCAAGCCUGGGAGGCCGCCAAGAAGGGGAUCUCUUUCUACCCCCGGGGCAAGCAGGACGACAACCCCCUGGGGGUGGUGAGUCCCCACGCCAGACGACCGAGCUUACGCAGUGACUUGAUAGAGGCUGAGGCGAAAGCGGAGCAGGAACAGCGUCGGGCCGAGAAGCCCAGCAUCCCGAAAAUCUCUUCCGCGCUCAGCCCCUACAGGUCACAGUACAGGUCGUGUACAUGGAUGUCUUUGCUGAGGCAGGCCUUUCAGGGGCUGGUGAGACCUGCAGGUGGCCAGGUGUGCCGCUUACAGGUGCAGCACAGGUGCUACAACGCACCUGCUGCUGGCCAUGUACAGGUGGACAUGAACAGUGACACAGGUGUAGCGACUGUGCGUCUGAACCGGCCACCAGUGAACAGUCUGAACCUGGAUGUUCUAACAGAACUCAGCAUCGCACUGGAGAAACUGGAGACUGACAGGAGCUGUCGGGCCAUGGUGCUGGCUUCGGCUGUUCCAGGUAUUUUCUCUGCCGGCCUGGACAUUAUGGAGAUGUAUAAGUCUACCCCGGAGCGGUGUGUGGCCUUCUGGCGCGCCCUGCAGGACGCCUGGCUCAACCUGUAUGGGUCACGCCUCAUUACCAUGGCAGCCAUCGAAGGCCACAGCCCAGCGGGUGGCUGUCUGCUGGCGAUGUCAUGCGACUACCGUGUCAUGGCGGACGGGAAGUUCCAGAUCGGACUGAACGAGACACGACUCGGCAUCGUGGCUCCUUUCUGGUUUACAGAUGUGAUGCUGUGCACCAUCGGCCACCGUGAGACAGAGAAGGCCCUGCAGCUGGGUGCCAUGUACUCGGCUCAGCAGGCGCUGUCUAUCGGACUGGUGGACAAGGUUGUCCCUGCUGACCAGGUCAUGUCAACCGUGCAAACUGAGCUGAAGAGCUGGUUACAGAUCCCAGAUGCAGCCCGUGUGAUCACCAAGACCUCCAUGCGGAAGCAGGUUCUGGACCGGCUGAGCUCACAGAAAGAGAAGGACGCCCAGUUCUUCGCAGACUUCAUCUUGCGCGAGUCCGUGCAGAAGUCCCUGGGAGCCUACAUCGCCUCCCUGCAGAAGAGGAAAAGCUGAGGACUUUGAAACUUCUGGUCGAUCAGACCAGUUUAGGUUCACAUCUUACUAAGGGUCCAGGUUAUGGUUUAAGUGCCAGGACAUGGUGAAGUUGUUGGCAUGGAAUGUCCCAGGGAUAAAGUCCACACAGGUGGUUGCAUUUUUGUAGGUCUCUGUUUCUGUCAC